CUUUGGUGGCCAUGGCCACUUCAAAAGUAGGUGCAAUUAGUGAGUCUUUUCUUAGUUUGUUCUCCUCUUCUUGUUCUUUGUUAAGGUUGCAAUGGGAGGAGUUGGUGGUGAGGUGGAGGAUUAUCAGGGUAAUGGUGGUGGUUCCAUUGCUAAAGGUGGCAGUUUUGCUGUGCCUCAUCAUGUCUGCAAUGCUUGUCUUUGAGAAGGUAACCAUGGCAUUGACCAGUCUCUAUGCAAAGGUCUUCAGGAGAAGACCAGAAAGGAGGUAUAAGUUUGAGCCAUUGAAGGAGGAUGAAGAGCUUGGAAACUCUGCUUUUCCCAUGGUUCUUGUUCAAAUUCCUAUGUACAAUGAGAGAGAGGUAUACAAGCUUUCCAUUGGAGCUGCAUGUAGACUUUCAUAUCCAGCAGAUAGAGUAAUAAUUCAAGUUCUUGAUGAUUCCACAGAUCCAGAGAUCAAGGAACUAGUGGAGUUAGAAUGCAAGAUCUGGCAGAAGAGUGGCAAGAACAUAAGAUAUGCAGUUAGAGACAAUAGGUGUGGUUAUAAAGCUGGUGCUUUGAAAGAAGGGAUGAAUCAUGACUAUGUUCAGCUGUGUGAAUUUGUUGCUAUUUUCGACGCUGAUUUUCAGCCUGAAUCCGAUUUUUUGCUUCUAACUGUGCCUUUCCUUGUGCAUAAUUCUGAACUUUCUCUUGUUCAGGCUCGAUGGAAAUUCGUGAAUGCUAAUGAGUGUUUAAUGACGAGGAUUCAAGAGAUGUCUAUGGAUUACCAUUUUAAGAUUGAACAAGAAGCUGGUUCGACAAUGUGGUCAUUCUUCGGUUUCAAUGGAACUGCCGGUGUUUGGAGAAUCAAUGCUCUUGUUGAAUCGGGAGGCUGGAAAGAUCGAACGACAGUAGAAGACAUGGAUUUGGCAGUUCGAGCAAGCAUUGAAGGAUGGAAAUUCGUAUAUGUCGGCAAUGUCAAGGUUCAAAGCGAAUUGCCGAGUACAUACAAGGCCUAUCGUAAUCAACAGUAUCGUUGGUCUUGUGGUCCAGCCAAUUUGUUCCGAAAGACUGCUUUUGAAAUACUUAAGACAAAGAAAAUCUCAUGGUGGAAGAAAAUUUACUUGCUUUACAGUUUCUUCUUAGUCCGGCGAGUGAUUGCGCACAUAGUCACCUUCGUAUUUUACUGCAUUAUCAUUCCAUUUGCGGUGCUAAUCCCUGAGGUUACAAUUCCAGCAUGGGGAGUGGUUUAUAUCCCUACAACAAUUACAUUCCUCAAUGUUUUCGGAACUCCAAGUUCGGCCCAUUUGCUGCUAUUUUGGAUCUUCUAUGAAAACGUCGUGGCUCUGCAUCGUAUGAGGGCGGUGAUCACCGGUCUGUUGGAGGUAGGCAGAGUAAAUGAAUGGGUUGUUACUGACAAACUUGGAGACACUUUGAAGAACAACACCAUCAAGAAAAUUAUCACAAAACCCAACUCAAAAGUUCAUGAAAGGAUUUACAUCCCAGAGCUGGUGGUUUCAGUGUUUCUGUUCAUAUGUGCAUGUUAUGACUUAAAGUAUGCAAAGGGGCACUACUACAUCUACAUCUAUCCACAGUCCGUUGCAUUCCUUAUCAUGGGUCUUGGAUAUGUUGGGACCUUUGUUCCCAACAAGUGAAUAAGAGAUCCUCAUUCCAUUUCAAUAUUUCCAAAUGUCUAUUCUUCAACUAAGCUGCAUGCAGCAUUAUACAAAGACAUUUAUAUA